AGCCUUCUAUGUGUAUAAACAUUUCACAAAAGAAUACUACAGUGAACAUUACAUUUUUUUGGCGGCAUUGGAUUAAAACGCUUUAUGAAUUUGGAAUGCACUGUGGAUAAGUUCUAUGCUUCACAUCCAUGUUUGCAAAAUAAAAGGUUGAUUGCAUUUGCAUGAAUUUUCAUAAGGCUCUAUGUGUGUGUGCUUGCAUGAGCAUGCACGCAGUACUGUUACACAGACUCACGUUAGUGUAUAUAAAAUCACUGAUAAAUAAGGAAUGUGUUGCCAGCAUUUUAAAAAAUGCUUGUUACUCGCAAACAAGCUCUUCAUACCAGACAGAAAGUCUUGGGUGUCCUUGGUGAGUCAUACCUUUUAUAAUUCCAUAUCAGACAAGAUAUGGAAUGGUAAGGGAGUCACCAAGACGUUUAUUGGCGAGGCUUAAAAAUCUGGCACCAAGUAGACCCCUAAGCCAAAUCCUGAGGCCCAAAAUUGAUGCGUAUAAACCAGUUUCAACUCGAAAGCUGCGUCGAAGAGGUAAUGAGCCUGCACCCAUUGUAGAAAAGCGGCGCAAACCUGUUUCUAACACACUUCAACUCUUGCUUGAAGAGCGUGAGGUAGAUGAAGACUUGAAGCUCAUCAACAAGAGCAAGCUCAUUAAUAUGAAGAAAACCUCACCUGCCAUUGCUCCUCCUGAGCUUAUAGGAAAUGAACCAAAAAUUGAAAAUGGAAAGCUCUAUUUUGAUAAAAAAUGGUUUCAUAAAGGCCAAGCUGUGAUGAUUGAGUGCAAAGAUGGUACCCGAUUCAAUGCCAUUCUCACUGUUGCAGGGAAUGAUAUGAUCAUGGUUAGGAAAGUACCAGACAACAUUCGCUUGAAAAUCACCCUCGCCCAAUUGGCACAUGGGAAAUACUUGGUGCGCCGUAGGAGUUCAACGUGACAAGCAGAGGAUGUGUAUGCUGUGGGUCCAAGCUUCUUUUAAACCAGACCAUGAGUUUUUCAACAUCAUUCUGUUGACACACUAUGUGCAAUGCAAAUGGAUUUGCAGUCAUAUUCUGAUUUGGUGUGCCUUUCUGUUCAAAGAAAACUACACAAGUGGAGUAAAAGGAAUCUGACCUUAUUGCAGUUCAAGUCGUAUGACAUAAGUGGUGGAUAUUGAGAACUCAGGUUUCAGUAUUACUUAAUAUGGGAGUCUCUUUCUGCCUUUACCUUACAUGUGAAGUACAACAGUAAAAUUAGAUUUAAUGAUAAAGGGACUUGAAAUGCAUUUAGACUUAGGCAAGAUAUUUUUAUUGUAGCACAUUAAGCCUUGACAGAAUUAAAUAUGAAUUUAUUACA